CUUCGCGUGCGUUUUUCUGUUCAAAUUUUACCACGAUUAGACUCGUACCGGGGAGGUGCGGCAUUUCAAACCGUGACUGGGCUUUAUACACAACCCGACAAGGACCAUCUCUUAUGAACACCUCCAUGGAAUUGACGCUCCAGACGGUGAACGGUGUGUAGGUGCAGCGGGGGAGGGGAGCGAUCGCCGCUGUCUGUCUGUUGCCAUGACGACCAGCCGCUGCAGCCAGCUGCCCGAGGUUCUGUCGGACCGGCUGGACUCCGCCCACGCACGGCGACCGGGCUGCAGAGACCACACCCCCGACUGCCCCGGCCCCGCCCACCCGGGAAAGGCCCUGGACGAAUCAGGGGUGCGGGGGGGAGGGGUACACCCCCAAUACGUCAUGCAGGUCUCUGCCAAGGACGGACAACUGCUCUCCACUGUGGUGGGGACCUUCGCCACCCAGAGUGCCCUGGUGGAGAGGCCCAUGUGCAGGAUCUGUCACGAGGGCAGUGUGCAGGAGGAGCUGCUGUCCCCCUGUGAGUGUGCGGGGACCCUGGGCACCAUCCACCGCAGCUGCCUGGAGCAGUGGCUCUCCUCGUCCAGCACCAGCUCCUGUGAGCUCUGCCACUUCCAGUUCAGCGUGCAGCACAAGACCCCGCCCCUGCUGGAGUGGGUGCGGAGCCCGGGUCUGAGGCAGGAGAAGAGGACCCUCCUGGGGGACAUGGUGUGCUUCCUGCUCAUCACGCCGCUGGCCACCAUCUCGGGCUGGCUGUGUCUGCGGGGCGCCGUGGACCACCUGACCUUCUCCAGCCGCCUGGAGGCCGUGGGGCUGAUCGCCCUCACCGUCGCCCUCUUCACCAUCUACCUCUUCUGGACCCUGGUGUCCCUCAGGUACCACUGUCGCCUGUAUAACGAGUGGAGGCUGACCAAUCAGAGAGUGGUUCUCCUGCUGCCCAGGUCACACGGAGAACCGCCGCCCCAGCAGGCCCUCGUGGGCCCGCCGCCCCUGAAACGCCAUUCCAAAGAGACCAUCGUCUGACCUCCGCCCGGAAAACCAGGGACGGGGAACUUUACAGAACUCCUGCCUCACCACAGAGGAGCUUGGAGGUUUUUUUUUUUGGUUUUGUUUUUUUUGUGAGGGGAGGGUUGUCAGGUGGGAUCAGGAACGUUUCAUGGAAGAUGCCUCCACUCGGACUCCUUUGGUCGGGAAUGCUGGAAGUACGAGACGAUGCCUGUAUAUUCGAGCUGUAUAUUCCUAGGAAGUGAGAGUAUUCUCGUUUCUAAUUCCAGACGCAACAGAAGCUAUCCAGAUAACUCUAUUCCCCAGCUUUCUAGAGCCUAGAGGCCUCCAUUCUCAGACCAAACUGCCAAACUCUGUCCUUCAUUUUAUUUUAUUUUUGAAAGGAAUUUUAGACAUUGUUGCGUUUUUUUACUCCCAAUUUCUUGACACAACUCAAGUUUUGCACUGUGUAAAAACAGGAAAAUGCGUUUGGUUGAUUAAGCCUAACGCUCAAAGUUAAAGGCAAAGCGGUUUAACGGGGACUGAAACUGAAGGUCUGCUGAAUCAGCUCCACUCUGGACUGCACGGCACAGAUGAGGAGCAGGACGAUUGAUUGGAAGUCACGAGAGUCGAUUCAGACUGAAACCGUUUCAGCCGGACAGGACGGCAGGAUCGUGAGCUCAGCGCAGAUUUAAUCACUCGUUUAAUCUGCUAUUGAAGGGAGGGCGGGACCCGCAUGAGAAUCUCAGCUAACGGGUAAAUUACAGGGUUCGGACACCCGUGAAAAUAUGGGUCAGUAUUGUGAAAUGAUUUCAUGCUGUCACUUACAAAUUUCGAGGAAAGGCUCGCAAUGUUUUUGCUUUUUUACCGGUGUCUUUUGUGGAGGAGUAUUACUGGGAAAAAAAUAAUAAUAAAACAUUUUGAGGCUACAGGUUAAUUUACUUUAACAGUUCCGAUAUUCAUUUUGCUAAAUUAAGUCCCUCGGUUCAGAUACAUAAAGGUCUGAAAGGCAGGUUCAGCUCUGUAAUCAGGUGGGUAUUCAGUACCUCUGGGCUGUCAUGGGGAGAAGGCAGACAGCCACGUCUGUUCAGAGGCAGACCGUAGAGCUAGCGGGACAGGCCUUCUACUUGUUUAUGUGUUGAGCAGACCUGGGUCAAAUGCGUCAUUGUUCUGGCUUCAAAUACCUUUCUACGUUUUACCGAGUUUUUGGUAUUGGAACCUAUGAAAUUAUCACAUUCUCUCAAGAAGUACAAACCCCACUUUCUGGUCCUCUUGGUUUGCUCAACUGUACCAGGCAAGCUCAAUCGAGCACAGAAAAGUAUUUGAAUCCCAAAAUUAUUACAUAAUUGACCUGGUCUGGUACCAAGUGAUACUCAUGUCUGCAAGUCUUAAGAUGUUCUCAGUUUUAAGCCAAUCCUGUGUGCUGUGGGUUUUUAUAUUUCAGACUCCCUGUGCGCCAGAGCGUUUGUGAAAAUAUCAC